GCGUUCCUGACGACGAUUCAUUCAACGUCUGAACGUGGAGAGAAAAGGCAGAAAGUUGCGAAGCGCUAAACAUGAUGGUGAAUAUAAAAUGCAAAUGUCUGUAACCGUGUUGAAACUGCAGUGGAGUACAGUUCUCACUGAGACCAUCGUGUUUUGGUUGGUCCUACCUCCAUAGUUAAUGAUCCUGAAUGUUAAUGAUCUGCCAAAGAUUACAAUCCUUGCAUUUGAAGUCGCUGUGACAGAUACAUGUAUGCCAUGAUGUCACAGGACAGAAGUACAUCUCCUGGUUCCAUGGCAACCGGCAGCAUCACUAGUAGUCAAAUUGACAGAACUAAACCAGCUGAGUCACUAGAUGAAUGGUUGGAAAAACAAAAUAUGAAGUGGGAAGAUUGGCCAGUGAUCCAGGGAGAUGACUGUGACUUUGAUGUUUCAUCAGAAAAGUUGCUCCUUGGAGAAAAGGAGGACAUCUUGAAUGCAUUGCACGAUCAUGCACCUCUGCCAAUGUACAUGUUGGAUAACUUAGAGUCUAAACUGGACCAGCUUCAAGAACAUUUGGAUGUCUACGCCAAUCAGAUAGUCACAUCAGAGGCGCUGUCCUAUCGCUGGCAAAAUAAUCUAUUCCACUCACCAAGUGCUGGACCAGUGGUACACAAAGAAGUCAUGGAGAGGGCGUUAGAGUCCAAUGCUGUGAAGGCCAGCCAACGACAAAAGAAAGACAAGACCAAGGAAAUGAGAGCUUUGAUUCUGGGCAGUAAAGCCAGAAGUGUGGAGACAAGUUCCUUCCCAGGUUUUAGUCGGAAGGAGUUGACAGAGUUACCUCAUGGACUAGAAGCACCUCAAAUCCUGGACAGAAUUACCAAAGCACAGGACUUCAAUUCUGGUUUCAACAAGUUCUGGAAGAAGUUGUUUUUAUCAGAAGCAUCUGUUGCUGUCAUGCAAGAUGCAUUCUGGUGGUUCUUCCUUCAAGAGUAUGAGCCUAAACGUGAGGCUGAGCAGAACAAGUUAUUCAACAGGAUAGCUGAUAGCUUUGUGGCUCUGUUCACCAGUGUCAAUCCAGACAUCAAAGACAAAUUUUUUGCUGUUUAUUCUGACUGUCUGGCCCAGUCCAUGUUUGCUGCUUACUGGGAAGCGUUCAUUGAUUCACAUCACAAUUUCGAUGCCAAGUUCAAGCAGAAAGUAGCAACACUGUGCAGUGAAUGGGUGGCAGGUAUCAAACCAGGACCAGAUGCUUGGAGUCACUGGGACAUUAAGAGACUUCAGCCAAAGAGUAUGAACAAAGAGAAAGAAGAAGAUAAAAAGAAAGUUGUCCUCAUGAAAGAAGGAAAGAUAAACAAAGAAGCUGAUUUCUCAAUCAGUGUUGAUGUACCCUCUGAUGAAGAGACUUGGUCGGAGGGUGCCCCCAAUGUUGGCUUGUCUCGCGAGGUCACUUUGAUGACCAAUAAGAGCCUUCGAUUCCAGCCAAUGACUGGCAUGACUGGUGCCCAAUCAGGGUUGAUGAAUACCACCAGAAUGGCAUUGCCCCCGGUACCACCAAUGCAGGCAGAGUCUCACCAGAUGGGUCCGGGACCAGACUUUGAGAGAGUGUUAUUCAACAUUCAAGGUCGUAGUCCACUCAUUGCUCAUUAUCUCUACAUGAAGGAUUUAGCUGGGAAUGAACACAUUGGACGUAACGUACGCAGGACAGAGAUUGCCAAAAUGCCUCCUCCAGCUCUCACCUAUCGUGAAGUCAUCAAAGAUACACAACGGAUGAAAAAAUCUCUGAAUGCAGAGUAUCAAAAAAUUAAAGAAGAGCUUGCUCGAGAGAUGGCUGCCAUUGAGAAACAGAAGAGAGAACAAACCAGGGAGAUUGAGCAACUCAAACAGAAAAUACUGCUACGGAAUGUUGAUGUCAAGAUACUGAGUGAGAAGAUCUUAGAUAUGAGGGGAAAAGAUGGAAUCCUGGCUUUACUAAAGGAAGCAGCUGGAUAUGAGGAAAGACAAGUUUUGCCUGCAAACAAGAGGACUGGUAGCGGCUACAAUUCAUCGUCUGAUGAAGACUUUGAUGAUGAAUAAUAGCUUGAAACUAAAGAUUCACAAGGAAAAUGAUAUCAAUGGAACAUGGGUAAUUUAAUGAUGGAGAAAAGGUGAAUUGUCACAUUCUUGACAAGGAAAUAAAAUUGUCAACACUGAAAAGCUUGGAUAUUUGAAAGUUUGAGACUUCUCCAUUUGCAAGUAAGUCGUUGGAGUCUUUUCAUAAGCACAGGUUUGGCCAGAAAAAAAAAUCGAAACACCUUCAUUGUUACAGUACAACUUAGUUCUGAUCUUCAAAGGUAAAAUUGAACUGGUGUUUGAAAUAUAAAGUGUUAAACAUUUUUUUCAAAUAUUCCUACCUUAUGGAUAAUUUCAAAUAACGAACCUCAACUUUAAUAGUAAGUUAUGCAAAAUGUAUUUGUCAGUUCAUAAAUAUCCCAUCAACUACUGGUCAUUAUUACAUGAAUCCACCACAUACAGUCGACUCUCGUUAUUACGAAUCCAUGGGACCAAGUAGAAUCUGUCAUUGUAUCCGAAAUUCGUUGUGAGGGAAUGCAAUGUAAUAGCUUCGGUGCAUUGAAUGAAUAGGUCCCAUUGUGUACAGUGCCAUGUACAUGUACAAUGUACUCUACAUGCAUACAUAUCAACGUGGUUCAUGUUUUAUCAAAAAGAUUGCUCGGUUAUGACUGAUCAAAUAUAUUGUAACGGGUUUAGAAUAAUAAACUUCACUGUCAUAUACUGACAACAUGUUUAAUGUGCAUGUUAGAUUUAAAAAAGCAAAUACAUGUGAAAGCAUUGAUCCAGGGAUUUUUAAACGACUUUCGAUUGCAAUGGAUGACGACGAAGCCAACAGUAACUAAAUGACAUGCCCAUGUAGGCCUAUGCAUGUGUACCUGCAGGAAUGUGAAGACUCAUCAACUAGAGCCCCCAUCCAUGUACGUAGUACACAAAUUGUGUCAUGGAGAGACAUGGUUAUUUAAUUUUCCAUUUGUCUUGAUUUCGACACUAGCUGCAUGACACGAUUGAUCGAUAGUCUGAGUUUACUCGCCCACUGGUAUGGCCGAUUUUGUAAUAACGAGAAUCAACUGUACUGGCAAUCACAAUCCUAUUCACAUUUCAAGACUUUAAUUAAUGUGCACUAAGGAUUUAACUUUUAUUGUACAUGACUUAUAUAAAUACGUUUUUAUGCAUUGUAAAAAUGUAUUUUGGAGCUGUUUGAUGUUUUUCUUACAAGGCAGUUUGAUAUUUUAUAAUAAAUAUGUUUUACCAUGGUGGAAA